AUGCCGGUGAGUGCACUGACGCCGGGGCCGGACCUGCAGGAGCACCUUGCCAACUGCUGCCACGUGAUCUGCAUGAAGGUGCGACAGGAGGUCACCAACGAGCACGCGCUGCGUGGGCGAUCAGCGGCCGGGAGGCCAAACACCGAGUGGCAGGCGGGCCUGCUGUGUGCCCGGGUGCUUUGGCGAGCGCUCUUUUCAGCAGCGGCAGCCAAGGCCCCAGCCUCCAAGAGGGCUGUCCCUGGGGUCUUCAUGGCUGCCUGCGAAGGGCUGAAGCAGGCGUCGCAGAAGCUGCUCACGAAGAUAUGGCGUGAGGUGCAGGUGCAGUUUACGUCUAAAGAGAACAAGUACCGCAACAUGAAGAGCCGGCCGGCCUGGUCCGUGCUGGAAGCCCACCAGUUUGAGGUCUUUGGCAAGGACCGCGGCUUCGGAGUCUGCGACCCUGCACUGGUGGCGCCCUCGUCUGCCGGCACCAAGCCCGCCUCGAACCUGCAAGACUACCUCGAAGAGGUCCUUGCCUUGAGGUUCGCCGUGGAUUGGAUGGCCUUGUCGAUGGAGGACGACGCGCAGGAAUUCCUGGACCAAGCAACCAAGCGCGCCUACAAGCGCCCGGUGCUGAAGCCCAAGGCGGCCCCGGACCCGGUGUCGCAGCAGCUGGCCGCGCUGAAGGAGAAGACCAUCGACUCUUUCUCCUUGAUGUGGACGGACGACGCAGAGCUGCGGGGGGUGGCAUCCUUGGCCAUCCGCCUCAUGGACGGUCUCGAAGGCCCCAGCGCUUUGCCCUUUGCCGCCACCUUCGUGGGGCAGAUGCUGCUGGCAAUGUGGAAGGGCGUCGCUCCCAUGCUAGCGCACCACGCCGCCACAGGCAUCGCGCGCAUCGCGGAGUCCCAUGCGGCGAUGGGCCGCCUGCCAGCGCCGCAACUGCCGGAGAGCCAGAUGCGACCACUUCUCGCACCGCAGUUUUCGACCGCGUGGCGGCCUCAUACGAUCGCCCAUCCAAAGACUGCGAGGAGUUGGUGA